GGAGGAGUAACAGACGGGGGACAUGAAGUGACAGUUCACACCCAUCAGGGACUCACACAGUCAAUAAGAAGAGAGAGCCCACAGAGAGAGACCAGUAGACAGAGACAGAGAUAGUGACCAUUAGAGAAAGAGGAGAGAGACCCCGGUGUUGUGGUUGAUUCAUCGAGGCAGUAGAGGCAGGAUGUGGGUCCUAAUCUGGGCAGCUCUACUUCUCUCUCUGACAGAGAGAACCACAUGCCAAAAUAAGGCCCCUCCAGCACCAAUCAACAUCACCUUCAGUCCAGCAGAGAUAACACCACAGGCUGGACUAUGUGCUGUUAUUCCAUGUUCGUUCACUCACCCUGAUGACUUCACCGCUCGCACAGCAAUAUGGUUUAAAUGCCCUGAUGCACAAUGUUCUAUUAAACUCGAAACGGACUCUAUUUUCCACUCAAGAAAUUCCUCUAUAGCUCAGGAGGGUUAUAGAAGGCGAGUGUCACUACUGGAGACAGACCUGACAAAGAAGAACUGCAGUAUAAUCAUCAACGACAUCACUAAGACUGAUGACGGAGACUAUCAAUUAAGACUGUCCGGAGCAUUUAACAGUGGAAAUAGAAGUAAAUUUACAUCCCCAGAGAAAGUUAAAAUUGCAGUGAAAGCUCUGACCCAGAAGCCCUCAGUGUUGACUCCUCCUCUGACAGAAGGAGAACCAGCGACCCUGACCUGCACCGCCCCGGGGAUCUGCUCUGGAACUCCUCCUAACAUCACAUGGACAUGGAGAGGGACAGGAGACAACAUCACUGAGCUCAGAGACAACACCACUAUACAAAAGAGAGAGGAUCUGACCAYCGUCACAACAACCCACUUCUCAACUUUGAACUUUACACCUUCAGCAGAGCACCACACCACCAAGGUCAUGUGCCAAGUGACAUUCAAAGGGAACAUCACCACUGAGGAGACAGUGACUUUGAAUGUGACUCAUGUGAAGGAACCCAAGAUCUCUGGUAGUAACACAGUGAGAGAGGGUGAUACCCUGAAUCUGUCUUGCUUUGUUGAKAGCUACCSACCACCACCAUCUAUCACCUGGAGUAAGAAUGGGACAACACCUUUGGAACAGAAUAACUCUGGACUGGCCGCUCUCACCAUCUCUAACAUGACAAGAGAACAUGCAGGGGAGUAUGUGUGUAAAGCUCAACACCUCAACAGGACUCUGACAGCUUCCAUUGUUGUCACUGUGAUGUACCAUCCAGUGAUUCUCAAUGCUUCUGGGUGUGUCAUCCAGGCCAAGMUCAUGASRUGUGUGUGUGUCAGUCAGGGGGUCCCCUUACCUCUCAUAYGKUGGCUUAACACUGAGGAGUACUSCCUCACUAAAUCAGUGUUGAGGUCCUCAGUGAACACCACCAUCAGGAUGCAUGUCGGAAACCACACCAACACUACUGUGGAGUGUGUCAGCACAAAUGAAGUGGGCAGAGUGAGAGAGAAGCUGCAAGURACCCAAAAAGAGAGCCAAGGAAAGCAAGGAGGUAAAGAGGAAGUGUCUAAAGACAUCUUGGCUAUGCUGUUGAACCCACCACUGAUUGCUGCAUUUGCGAUUGGUGCAGCCUUCUCAGCCACCAUCUGUUGUAUCUUCCUGUGUUUGACAGGGAAAUGUAAAAGACAAAAACAGAGGAUCUCAAAGGACUCCAAAAACCCUUUCAUAAACCUGGAGAUGGUGGCAUGUGAAGACCAACAGACGGAUGCAGGACAGGCUGUGGGGGUUGAACAGACCCCUCUGCAGUUGGAGCUGAGAGGAGGAGCUGAAAACGGAGGGACCCAGACCAGUGGAGCCGCAGGAAAAUUUGACACAAGGGAAGAACCAAAUGAAGUGGACUACGCCAGCAUCAACUACUCCCUGCUGAAGAAGAAGACUCCUGAGGAGGCAGAGAAGGAGACCACCACCACAGAGCCAGAGUACGCCAAAAUCAAACGAGAGAAGAAGAAAGAAGGGGAUGAAGAUGGAGUAGAGGGGAGUGGAAUGAUGAUGGGGAAUGAUGAGGAGAAAGAGAACGGUAAGCCAGCAGCAGAGACAGAUGAGGAUACAGCGCUUUACUCCAACGUCAAGGCUAUUAUGGGUGGUGGUGAGUGACACAGAUAUUUUUGCUAGUAAUGUGGGGGAUAGAAUGCAGUAUUGUACAGCCAUGUGUUCUUAUAUCAUUUUCUGAAUCCAGAUUGAAAGUUUUAUGAUGAUACUGGGACUUUUGUUCAACUGAAACUACUGUAGUUUUGGUGUUGUUUCCUCAUGUGCUGAAUCCAGUUUGAAUGUUUUACGAUAGUACAGAGAUGUUGUUUAAUAACUGAAACUACUGUAGUUAAUAGUUUUGGUAAAUGAUUUAUUUUACAGCCCUGUGUCAGAUAGUACUGUAUGUAUCUGGUGGUUGUACAUUUUCAAUAAGAAUAUUUUCUAGUUCUACAUAGAAGCAAGUUUUGGUAAUGUUUUUGUAAUGCUUUUCAAUGAGGCGUCAUUUAACUUUUUGUAACGAUUCUGUUUUGUCACCAUAAGGAAGGACUGACAAUGAUGUGGUUUGGAAAAGUAGAGAGGUCAAACCAUUUCUGGUUUUUCUCCUCUUUCCUUUCAUUUUUGUGGGUGGGGAUUUUAUGUAGUAUGUGUGGUUGUAACCAAUAUAUUUCUGUACAUAGAAUACUGAUAUACUGCAGUACAUUUUGGGCUAGCCAGAGAGCUCAAAUGAAAUUAAUCAAGAAAAAAAGUUAAAAAGUACUUAAAAGUUGUGUACUAUAGACGGGUUGGUUGUUUAGCAACCAAACAGACGAGUGCACAACUAUGGGGUAAACAGACGGGUUGGUUUCGAUUGUUGACGACAUAUAAACUAUAUUUUGUCUCCAAGGUUUUUUGAAAAUAUAAAUACAU